CGUCGUGACGCUGGAGAGGGGCAGACGUCGUGACGCUGGAGAGGGGCAGACGUUAAGCGGGCGGUUAGAGAGGGGCAGACGAACAUCGCAAAAAAAUGGUUCCAAUAAGAUGGAAGGUGCUGCCCAUUGGCGAGGCCCAACCCCUACUGAGCCGGCAGAUUAAAACUGAGGAGGGCCUGGAGGUUGAGGUCAAGGUGGAGGAGGAGUGGGAGGAGGCCGAGACCCACCAGGAGAUUGAGGCCAAAGUGAAGGAGGAGCAGUCCGAGGUGGAGGCCCAGGUCCAGGUCCAGGAGAUUGAGGUGAAGGUGGAGGAGGCCCGGGUCAAAGAAGAGGAGGAGGACCUGGAGGAGGUGUAUCGUGUCCGCAGCAUCGCCCCACCCCGGACUAAGCUCACCACGGGGAUAUCAUCGCGCGCCAACUCGAGUGAGGACGAGACGGAUCCGCCAGAGGGACCCCCAGAGGAACCCUCUGGCUACGGCACUGUGGACAAACAGCAGCACGCUAAGCGGAAACCGGCCUGCACAACUGCGGCAGAUUGCGAUGUGCCUGUUGAACAGUGGGAGAUGUUCGCGGAUAUCACGCAACAGGCUAAGACCACUGCCGAGACAAUAAGCGACUUGUCGCAACCAAGGACGCCGCACGAAAGAAUCGUUUAUGCCUACUCAGCGCUACUGAGGGAGGAGAUGUUGCAGAUCCCUGAGUCGCAAUGGCACAGCUACUGCUUGGAGGGCUUGGUCUUGGCAAGGGCGCACAGACUUCUUCUGCCAGUAAAAUCUUUUCAUCAAAGUUUAUUGAAUUUAUUAACGUUUUACUUUCAUGCUUUUUAUGAAUUACUCACUACGAAUUCCUUGGUGUUGCAGAGUCCGAUGAGGCCCAUGCCAUUCAUGCCGCACCCACAAAUGGGGAUGAUGGCACCACAACAUGCUCCCCAGGUACACUGUGAAACCUUUCAAUGAUGGGAUCCCGACCUAUGGCACACCCGUGGAUGGAUUGCAGGCCCCCCCCAUGUCAGGGCAGCAAGCUCAACGCCACAUCAUGCGACACCCGGCAUGGAAAGGCUCGGAGCAACAGAUUUCCAGGCGUGAUUGGAGGGUCCCGACCCAAGCGCAGACUUCACCCUGAAUCUCUCUGACUAUCUGAUGGAGGAUUGCCCAGUGCAAAUGGGCCGUAAAGAGUGAUGCUCUCUCCAACAUUCACUAUUCUGUUUGCUUGUGCGUUGCACAUUUAAGUUUUAUUCACAUUAAAGUUUUAUUGUUUGUUUGUACUAAAUAAACAAAUUAAUUCUUAUAAAGUCAUGGGUCUUUGUCUUUAUCGGUGAUAACCUCGCCCACACCUUGAUUAUUAAACUUCAGUGUAACCUUGUUGUGUAGCGGAGAAAGCAGUUUGUUAAUAAUGGCGUUGAUCUCUCAAAUGGAAACCACGUCUAAUAAUGGGAUGCAUCUCACAUAUAAAAUCCUCGAUUUAUUAGAUAAAUAAAACACACACAGGCAUUGAAUUGUAAAGUGUGUCAUGAGACGUCAUAUAACGCAGACAGACACAUUUAUCCGCUUUUAAAAUGAUGGCAUUUCAAAGAGAGUGCAAUGUGCGAUGUGUGAGGUAUUAUUAUUAUCACAGUAUUACUCAUUUCACAUACAAAAACCCUCCAUUAACAUACAUAGAUCCUCCUUUUAUUAGAUCAGUUCCUGCGGUGGUGGUCCUCUGUGGUGUGGGAUAUUUGCUGUUGAUCCUCGUCACAUAUUGUUCUGCCAAAGUACAUUGCCUCGCUCGCUCGGAGUUGUAGUAAGCACAGAGAUGGUCCCUCUGCUCCUUUGCUCUUUUGUUGCUGGUGUUUCUUUGCAAUGCGCCUAGUGCCACCAUCAGUGCAGCCCGUCUUGCUUGCAGCUCUCCAUGAACCUGGUGUGACUUCUCCUGUCUGUUUGUCCACCGUGUCACGCUCCACCAUGGCUGCUGCUGC